CCGUUGUCGGCUGUCAGGAUUCCAGGGUUGGUAUCCUGAACGCCGAGAUCCCGACACCCGGCAUUUUAACGCAUCCCUUUAUAAACACACUGGGAGACUUCCCUGGUGUGAGAAUUGCUUGGACAUUAUCAUUUUUCUGUAACACACACCAGAAAUCAGAAUAAUGUGAGCAUGUCAGUAUUCUCAUUGGAAGAUUAUCCAUUGCAGAAACCUGUGACAAACAAUCUCUAUGGGGCUCUCUGUGUAAUCUGCACAACUAUGCAACCUGCAGGAACAAAGAGCCACUGACCACACAAAUCCGUGUAUCAGGGGCUGCGGCAAGACUGCAGGCAGCACAUACCGGGAUCAGCCAAUCAUAGCAGGCUGCGGGGACUGGCCGGACACCUUAUCCCCGACCAAAGGAACGGGACACCCUCAUUAUACAAUACUGCUUCAUCAUGGUGAGGUGACCCCCUAUGCUUUGAGGACUUAAGUUGUAGACUGCACAAGUAGGUGCACGUAGCUGGAGAAAGUAAUUCCCUGUCCCUGGAGUUCCUGGAGAAAUCCGACACUGACUCCUUUCAGGAACAGCGAAAUUAGAAAGGACAAGAACAUGAUGCAACUCCCACUACCACAUUGCUCAGUCCUCAUGAUCUUCAUCGCUCCAUUAAUCAUGCUGCCGCUUGUAGCCGAUGCAGCUGAGAACUUAGAAGAAGUUAUUUUCAGUUACAUUGAUGAACAUCAAAAUGAUUUUGUUCAGAACCUUAAAGAGUGGGUGGCUGUUCCAAGUGAUUCCAGUGACCCUCAGUAUCGUCCAGAAUUGAUCCGAAUGGUGGAAAUGACGGCAGAGAGGAUUAAAACUUUGGGAGCCUCUGUACAGCUAGUAGAUAUGGGCUUUGAAAGGCUAUAUGAUGGACAACAAGUGAAAUUCCCACCAGCAAUCCUAGCUGAGCUAGGGAAAGACCCCACUAAGGCGACUGUUUGUUUUUAUGGACAUGUGGAUGUUCAGCCUGCUAAAAAAGAGGAUGGAUGGAAAACCGAUCCCUUCACACUAACCGAAGUGAAUGGAAACCUGUAUGGACGAGGUGCAACAGACAACAAAGGCCCUGUGUUAGCCUGGAUACACGCCAUAGACACAUACAUAGCCCUGAAACAGGAUAUCCCCGUAAAUCUAAAGUUCAUCAUAGAAGGUGUGGAGGAAACCGGUUCCGAUGGUUUUGAGGAGCUAAUUAAAGCACAAGAGCAUUUCUUCUCUGAUGUGGAUUAUAUUGUAAUUUCUGAUAAUGUGUGGCUAAGUAGGAAACCUGCCUUGACAUAUGGAACACGAGGCAAUGCAUACUUCUUUGUUGAGGUGGAAAGUGGUAAGAAGGACUUGCAUUCAGGAACUUUUGGAGGCAUCAUCCAUGAAUCAAUGAGGGAUCUAGUAUAUCUACUAGCCAGCCUUGUGGAUACUACUGGUCACAUUCUCAUCCCUGGAAUUUACGAUGAUGUUGCCCCAGUAACCGAAGAAGAGAAAAAACUGUAUGAAAGCAUAGAAUUUGAUAUGGAGGAACAUAAAAACAACACAGAAGUGAACACGUUUUUGUACAACACAAAGGAAGAAAUCCUUCAGCAUUUGUGGCGAUAUCCCUGCCUUUCUAUCCAUGGAAUAGAAGGAGCAUUCUCUGGAACUGGGUCCAAAACUGUCAUCCCAUCAAAAGUUAUUGGAAAAUUCUCAAUUCGACAGGCUCCAAAUAUGCAGAUUCCUGUUGUGGAAAAGUUGGUAAAGAACCAUCUUGAAAAUGUGUUUGCUAAAUUAAACAGCCCAAAUAAACUCAAAGUAUCGCUGGAAAUUGGAGCAAUGCCUUGGGUGGCAAAUCUUGAUGAUCCUCAGUAUGAAGCAGCUUCCAUUUCUAUAAGAAAAGUGUUUGGUGUUACACCAGACAUGGUUAGGGAAGGCUCGACUAUACCACUAGCCCGAACAUUUCAGGAUCUAACUAAAAAGAGGAUAAUGAUGCUUCCGAUUGGUGGGUCGGAUGAUGGUGAGCACUCACAAAAUGAGAAAAUAAGCAGAUCCAACUACAUCCAAGGGACCAAAGUCUUUGCAUCUUUUUUCUUGGAGUUGGCAAAAUUACAUGAAGAUCUGUUGGCAAAAUCAAAUUCCAAGAAAGUAAAAAUCACCCAACAUAUUGAGAGCCAAGGGUAGUAGUAAUACAGUGACCAGAAUGGGGAAUUAGUGCUGCUUUCAUUACCCAUACCUCUCAACUUUGUAGCUAUGAGAAUUGGGACAAGGUCAUGGCUACACUGCGUUGACAGCAUGCCACGGCACAGUGGGAGUGUAGUCACAUCUCAGAGAUAUGCCUCAUGCUUUUGACUUUACACUUUCCCCCUCUGCUUCUCUCAAAACAUAAUUCACCUGGUCAUUGCUGCAGGCACCAGUGGUAAGCAAUAGGAAAGUAGCUAUGGAAGUUACCUCCCAGCCUCCUGACCCCUGAGACAUAGACACUGGGCGUUCAUACAUCUAUAUGUGUAUUGUAAGACCACUUUUGCAAGUUUCUGAAUGUAACAUUUUUAUUUUAAUACAUUAAAACUUUUAAUGUUU